AUGACGACCACCCCUGUCUGGCUCAUCACCGGCGCCACCUCCGGGUUUGGCAAUGCUAUUGCACGCGAGGCGCUUUCACGGGGUCACCAUGUCAUUGCGACAGCCCGCCAGGCUGCCAAGCUCAGCGACCUCAAGGAGGCUGGCGCAGCCGUGCUGGACCUCGACGUGACGAGCGACGAGGCGACGCUUGCGGCCAUCUUUGCCAAAGCCAGCGCCAUCCACGGCCGCAUCACGCACGUUGCCAACUGCGCAGGCUACAUCCUUGAGGGGACUAUCGAGGAGGCUAGCCAAAAGGAAGUGUUUGAUCACUACAACACCAAUGUGUUUGGCACCUUCAACAUUGCGCGCGCGGCGACGCCUCAUCUCCGUGAGGCGGCAAAGACGCCAGGGCAGAUGACGGCUCUUGCGACGUUUGGGAGCUUGGGAAGCUGGCGCUCUGGCCCCGCUGUGGCACAUUACUGCAGCACCAAAUGGGCGGUUAGCGGCUUGACUGAAGGGCUGGCGCAGGAGCUGCAGCCCUUCGGCAUCAGCGUCUGCUGUGUUGAACCGGGCUACACCCGCACCGGGUUUCUGAACCAAGGAGAUCACCGCGUAGUGGCAGCACGGCAGCUGGACGUCUAUCGCGGCACGGAUGCGGCCCGUACCCGCGAGGCCCUGAGCGCAUACGACAACAACCAGCCGGGCGACGUCGAGAAAUGCGCAAAGGUCAUUGUCGAUGUGCUGACCAAGGAGGGCGUGGCUAAGGGGAGAGAUGUGCCCGUGAGAUUGGUCCUGGGUCCUGACUGUGUCGAUGUGAUCAGAGAAAAGUGCGAGAGCACCUUGGAACUGCUGAAGGAGUGGGAGGACAUUUCUCGCUCAACUGCACACGACUCGUAG